CCCGGGCCCGCCCUCCCCCGCACACCGCCCCUCGGUUCCCUCCAGGGUCCGCCGUAGAAACGCUGCCCUCUCCCUUCUUGACCCCUAGCCCUGCUUUCCCUCCCUCGUUUUCUCCUGCCGCCGUCGCUUCAGGCGCCCGUGCUCCCUGAGGAGCUCCCGGCUCGGGGAUGGGGUCUCGGGCCUCCACGUUACUGCGGGACGAAGAGCUCGAGGAGAUCAAGAAGGAGACCGGCUUUUCCCACAGUCAGAUCACUCGCCUCUACAGCCGGUUCACCAGCCUGGACAAAGGAGAGAAUGGGACUCUCAGCCGGGAAGAUUUCCAGAGGAUUCCAGAACUUGCCAUCAACCCACUGGGGGAUCGGAUCAUCAAUGCCUUCUUUCCAGAGGGAGAGGACCAGGUAAACUUCCGUGGAUUCAUGAGAACAUUGGCGCAUUUCCGACCCAUUGAGGACAAUGAAAAGAGCAAAGACGUGAAUGGACCAGAGCCACUCAACAGCCGGAGCAACAAACUGCACUUUGCUUUCCGAUUAUACGAUUUGGAUAAAGAUGACAAGAUUUCCCGUGAUGAGCUGUUACAGGUGCUGCGCAUGAUGGUUGGAGUGAAUAUCUCAGAUGAGCAGCUGGGCAGCAUCGCAGACAGGACCAUCCAGGAGGCUGAUCAGGAUGGAGACAGUGCCAUAUCUUUUACAGAAUUUGUUAAGGUUUUGGAGAAAGUGGAUGUAGAACAGAAAAUGAGCAUCCGAUUUCUUCACUAAAGGACAGAGACCAAAUUGUUCCUUGCUUUCUCGUAUUUAAGAACUGGAACCUAAGAGUCCUUCUGUCCACCAGCUCCCCCUAAGCCCCAUCAUUCCCCUUCUCCUAAAGUACUACUGCUGUUGCAUGACUACCCCAAAUACGUUCUGUUAACACAAACCUGCCUUUGGUGUAUAAACAGGGCAUUACACAACGGUACACCCGGUCUGUUUCUGUUCAGUAUCCAUACGUGGGUUCUCCACUUACGUCUGUCAUCUCCUGUGCUGCUGCUGAAUGCCACACAUCCAUCUGGUCUGCGAAAGUGAGAGGGAACCAUGCCAAGAACCAGCAGGCUGAGCUCUUUGCGUGAGUCUAGACUCUAGCCAUGCUGCCUUCCCUCCAACGAGGCUCCAGCAUGCUUCGUCUCCCUUUAUAUCUGUCCUUUGCUUCCUACUUCUCCCUCACACCCAACCUACUGUUCACUUAGUCUUUCUGUCUCCUGCUUUUUCUUGAGCCUCAAAUUCCCUCUGUUCUGCUUGGCACCCCAAGCUAUGCCUGUUGAUUAUAUUUCUGACUUGGCAGGAAUAGUGCGGAGGUCUGGCUGAGCUUAUCUACCUUCACUCUCAAAUCGGUCUCUAGGAUGCUGCCUUUUCAGGAGCUUUGCAGUAAUUAACACUUCUCUCAGAAAGGGACCAUCUCUUGGUCCUCUGCACUCUGUUCUGUCAUCAAAGGGCUUCUGGGUGGAAGUGUCCAUCCUGAAAGGUGGCCUUGGUGAGAAGUGUGGAGCCAAGUAUUCUAGGUGAUCUGCCCCAGUCACCCUACCUCUGGCCUCUGAUUCUCCACUACAUGGCUGUCUAGCUAAUGCAGUGAUGACUAUUCAGAAAAGAGCCUUAUGCCUGCAGGUUUGCUUGUUUUGGGGACAUUGUCACCACCAGAACGGCUGCUCUGAAUAAUAUAUGUGGGGACUUUCUCAUGGCUUUUUGAACAAGGAUGCUGGGCACCCUAUACAGCCUUCUGCAUUCAUACCAUUGCAGCAUGGUUUAUGCCUCAGUGUUACAUGCACUGGAAUGUUUUUCACUUCACAUUUCCAAGUAGAAAGAUUAGUGUUACGGAAGUGCCUAACUUAUCCCAGUCUAAAAGAUUUAAAGAUUGUCCUCAGCAUCUUGAAGUUUUGCACAAAAUUCUUUAUGAAGAAUUUUUUAUACUUGGCAAAUGUUAAUGCUGGAAGCCAUAGACAGCUCCUAACACAGGUCCAAAGCAUUGAAUGUAUUGUAUCAUUCAUUGCCUGGUUACAUUAGCUUCCUAGUUCCUCCUGUAGACCACUGCUAAUCCCUUAGAAAUAAGGGGUCUGGCACCACUGGCACAACCUAAGGUGGCAUUACAAGUCUUUGAGCAAGCCAGAGCAACUUCUCUGCCAAAGUCAGCUUAACCUAGACUUUGUUGAAUUAAUUGUUGCCAUCCUAAUGUCUGCCUGAAUGAGUCUGUUCACCUAUACAAGUAUAUCUGCCCUCAGCUGACUUUCUCUGAUCGCUUGCUUGCGUGCUUGCUUGUUUCCUUGCCUUGGAAGCCUAUCCAACAUGCGUACACAAUUCUUUAGGAAAGGUAUUGCUUAAAAAAAAAAAAUCCCUGUGGAGGGAUGGGGAAGAGUAGGGAACAGAGGACUGGCCAGGCUGGAUGACUCAAGUCUAAAUGAUGAGGACUUCUUUAUGAAGUACCAGUCUGACUUUGUGAUCAAGUGAUGUAAUAUAGGAAUUGUAUAAAAGGGAAGAAUUAAUACUGAUCUGUUAAAGAGGUACUUUAGAGGCUCCUUGAUUUGCAUAUUUAAAUAAAGUUCCUAAGAUUAUGGCUUUUCCUCCCUUUUGGCUGUAUAGCAAACUGUUUUAAUCCACAGUUGUGCCUUAUUGUCCCAUUAAAAUUGUAUUCUUCAAUCCAUCAAUAAAUACUUGUGGUUAAAAAAAACUUGAUUUUUUUCUGUGUGUUUCUGUUAUGUAACUGAUACUCCUUCUAGUUUGAAAUCACAAAUGAUGUCUCCCUUACUCAGGUUUAUGUCUGUACUAUCAAAUGCAGAUCUAAUCUGCUGCCUGGACAUGCGAAGUGGAGGCAUUCAGAACUGUUGGUUGGAAAAACAAAAAACUGCCUUGGAGAUCCUAGAUCCUUUGGAGUUCCAAGGACCGCAGGAUCUGCUUUUUUUUUUCCCCCCAAACAAAUCCAAACUGCUAUUUCGUAAAGACUGCAUCAAACCUACAGAUCACACUGAGAAUUGUCAUCCUAACCAUAUUGAGUGUUAAUCCCUGAAAUUCUGGGAAGUCUCUUCCACUGAACUAUGUCUUCAUUCAUUUCUCUCAGCAAUGUUUUGUACUUUUUAAUGUAUAAAUUAAUUUAAAAAUAUUAUUUGAGAGAGACAGAGAACUUCAAUCUGCUGGUUCACUCCCCAUCAAGCACGAUGUGAACUGGCAAAAAUAAGACUCCCUGGGCUCCGGGGAAGGCUCGCGGGGCGUUCCGGAGGCUCCGGGGACCCACACCAAACCCCGGGUCGGCUGGGCGCAACACGCCAUAGCUCCGGGAGCCGUUGCGCGGGGCACCCUGGCCCCACGGACUUGCUGGUCUUCCGGCAGGAGGACGGUUCGUGCCCGGGUGUACCGAGGUCAGCUGCAAACAGCAGCUCUGAGGCACAGUCGGGAACCACCCAGUUGUUUCCCUAAGAGUCAAAGCCUUCGUUCGGCCUCAGGAUGAAAUGUUAAGAAUAGUCGUCCGGUCUACGCAGACUCUUACCUCAAAGUGACAUUGUUACAGUCGAAUUAGAGUUGAAUUGCUCUUGCCACCCCAAAAACGCUCCAAGAGACCUUCUCUCAUGUAAUUAACAAAGGGUAAAGUUUAUUGAUGUUCCGACAUGUCGGGGGCCCCCGUCCCAGUACAGGCGAGCGGCCUCGAAUAGUCUUGGGUUGGGGUUUUUAUACACGUUUAAACAAAGAAAAUCAAUCAUUGCGUAGAGCAGACAGUGGUAUAGAGUAAACAAUUGAUACAAGUUAAGUGAUUUUACAGUCAGUUGAUUUAUGAACACAGGGAGUAUCAAAAAGCCUCCUAUUGCCAAAAGGGAGGGCCACACAAGAUUGCAGGAACUGCCUUGAUGAUACCUAGGAAUGCAGCCGAAUGGCGAUAAGGGACACCUGGUGGGGUCAGGGUUCCAGGAGGCAAAGAGAUAUAUGGUGACUUCUUCUAUCUUACUUAGGUGAAACUAAGGUUACGCUCACAUUGGGGUAAUUUACUGACCAAUUAACUUUAUAGAGAAUGGCUAUGCAGAGCAAGUCUAACGAGGUCAGGAAAGUUCACCAGAGGAGGUUGGGGGUGUGGGGGGAAGCGGCUUUUAACUUUUUAACCCUUCAACAUCGCUUCCACGCGGAAGGAAUUUUACAUUCCAACAAAGGUAACACAAAAGAAUGUGCCCCUUAUUACCUCAACCCACGACCCAAUCCAACAAAAAAGAAAGAGUGGGGUGAGUGCUAUUGAUCGAUGUGCAUUCCAGCCAAUCUACGGCGGGCGCACAGCGCGCGAGAGCAGGCCCGCGUCCAAUCAGUCCCCAGCAGUAGCAGCGGAGGCGGGGCUUGUGAGAAGGGCCUUCCUCAGGGUUCGCGGAGCUGAGAAGGAGCGAAGAUGGCGGAGUGAGGCGGGCCGUGGCCUGCUGGCCUCUGGGCCGGGGGCGUAAGGCCCCCGGGAGGCCAAGUGUAGCAGUUGGGCCGUGUAAGGUUCCUUAUUACAGGAAGAACAUUUCCCUUGACAUUUAGGUGCUUUUUAUUCAUCUGGAAAACAAGAUUCUGAACUCAGGAUUUGGCAAAUAUUUCUGUGUUGACUCCUAGAGUGGGUAGUCCUGCUUCCUUUAUCCAGUCACUUUCCUCGUUCUUGAAAUAUGGAUAUUCUUCUCUGCACAUUACCUCCAUGAUUUGGGAUGGAAAAGACUGCUUUUCUUUUGUUCCACCUCUCAGAUUCAACAGAGAACCCCGUGGCAUGCAGCUGUCAGGCUGACUUCCCCAGAAAGAAAGAAGCCACUGAUAUGAAUCUUCUGCUGCAGUUUUCCUAAAUAUAAAGAAAUUAUUUACACACUUUGAAGGCUGAUGUUUAGUUUGAAGCAGGUGCUUAGGUAGGGGUACUUGUCAGUUCUCUACCUGUUGUUCCAAACAAGAAGAGUAAAUACAAGGUGACUGCAGAGCUUGUCUUCCAGAUCAGCCACUACCGUGAGGCGCACAGUUGAGACGGCAGCAGUAAAUUCCAAAUCUGCAUUGGAAUUUGAAAUGAAAAGAGAUGCUAAAGUGACACAUGUUUAUAUAUUUGAAUCCUGGCUCAUCCUGUGACAUAGAUUUCCUGGAUAAGAUCAAAGGUCCAGUUUAGCUGUUGAAGAAGAGUAAGGACAGGAUUUCAAGGUUCAUUUUAUGUGUGAAUAAACCACCACAAUUUCUUUACACAUUUUUACAUGUGUAAAUCCACAUUUUUGGAUAAAAAGAGGGAUUUUUCUCCUAGAGAAGAAAGUUGUUGACUUCUUUCUCAGAAGUCUUAACACUUGAGUUUUACAAUGUGUUUUCAUUGUUCUAAGGAAGGACCAGAUUGUGCAGUGGCUAACCCUGUGAAUGAAUGCUUGGAUUUAGUUGCAAGGAUGCUGAAAGAAAGCAAAAUUUUUGUGUUCAGUAUGAAACCCUAUUCACCUCUCUAGAUGGGAGGCUGCUGUGUUAUAAAUUACUUCAUUUUUUGUGGACUCUUAAUAGCACAUGAGACUGUUUUUUGUGUUGCUAUGGCUAGAAGAAAAAUGGCAUAAGUGGUUUUUCAGUUCGGAAGAUGUGAUGGACCUUAUAACAUAACCUGCCUACAACUUUGGACAUAGAGGAAUGAAAAAAUGAAAAAAAGUAUCCAUAUAGAUAGUUCCUUUCUCCCAAGAAAAAGAAACAAAGAUAUCUUAUGUAGCACCAUUGACAUUAUGGCAUUUUGUAUUAUAUCCCACAUUUUUUAUAAAAGCAUAGAUGACUUUUUCUUCAACGAUGGGUACCUGGAUGUGUGAUUAGUUUUUCUGGGUGAUAAGUGUAAUGUUUGAAAAGACUGGGACUCGUGUACCUUUCCCCAGUAGAAACUGAACUCAAAGAAAGGAUCUCAGAAGCAAUGUGCCCAAAUUUGUGGUUGGGUCAUUGUAGAUUCAGAAGAAAUUCAGGGUCUGAAAAAUCUCAAGAAAAAUAGUUUGAAUAAGAAAUAUGGAUCUUCCUUUUUUUCCCCUUAGCAGUUAACAGCAUUUGAUGAGCAGACUAAGGGAACGCAGUCCUUGCUUCCACACCAACAGAAGACCAUUGGAUGAGUUAUUCCAUCUGUAUCUAAGAGUAAAUUCUUUGCUUAUGAUUCUUUGUGAGUAAAGAAGGAUAUUUAAAAUUUUUAGAUGAAAUUAAGAACAGGUAGUGUUAAGUCCUCUCUGUUUUCUGAAAUGUUUGCCCAGGGCCUUGCGUGCUGUAAUGUUGGGAACUUGGGGCAGAUUUACUAAAAUUUGAAAGUAAUAGAAAUGGCCGAAACAGGAUUGGUUAAUCAAUCUGAAUUGGAAUAAGCUUUUUAGUAAAGUAAAUAGUAUAGAUAAAUAUAAUUUAACUGGGGUCAGUUCCUGAGUGGUAAAGCAUAGUAGAAAUAACUUUGGUAAAAGGUACUUAAGCUUUUCUCUUAAGUGACCUCCCAGCCAUUUCUUGAUGCUUUCCUUUUAGUACUUUAGUAUCAUUAAAGACAGAAUGGAGCCCUCAUACACAGGUUCCACUGGUAUGUUGAGAAUAUUGGAUCUUGGAGAAUUUGUUUCUUCCAGUCGUCUGAUACCCAUCUUCCCGUGUCCUUUUCACACCUUUUCUGAGUAAGUACAUUUGGCAGGGAAUAUCAGCACCAGUGCAAUCAGUUCUGGCCACUGUUUGAACAGGUGUUAGAUCACAGCUCAGAGAGCCACUGAUUAAUGUUCUCUUUCAAAUGUUACUGCAUCUUCCAUAGUUGAUACCAAGUAGCACUUAAAAUGGGUAUAUUCUAGUUGUAGUUACCCAGUGCUUACCUAACACAUCUGUUUGUUUUUUGGGGGGGGGGGUGUCUAUUUUGCUCCUCUUAAUGGCAGAAGGUAUGUCAGGCAGGACUGUACCUCAGUCUGCAGCUGUGCCUCCUUUUUCUUUGCUCAUCCAUGUUAGCUGGCAUUUUUUCUUUUGAAAAGUUCAACAAAAGCGGGAUAUGUGCAAUAGAAAUAUAUAUAUGUAUAUUUUAAUACUUGUGGACAAAUGUUACAAGUUGUUUAAGAACAACAAAAUCACCAAUGUCUUCCAUUUUGAGAUGUGUAUAGUUUUGUAAGCAUUAGUGCUUGGUAGCAUAUUGUAGUGCCAUGUUAGGGGUUAGUGCAUGAGCCUAGUAAUAAUUUUAAACUUCAGGAUGAUUUAUUGAUAAUAACCAAUAGUGUAAAAAGAGUGGAAUAUCUAGACCUUUUUUCAUAAAUAUCAGAAUCUUUGAUACUCUCCCUGGGGAAAGGAGAUUAAGGCCAAAAAGACUCAUUUAUAAAUAGAAAUAGGGGUUUGCAACCUGAAAUAUUUUGAGGAUAUUUAAGUUUUUCAUGAGGUAGCUGGAGACCAGCUGCCUUUGUAUCCUUUGAAACCUCAGAUCAGAAUGAGACCCCGUUUCAUGAUUCUGCUUUGCUUAGUUUGAGGUGAGCUUAUUCUUAACAUUGUCUUCACAUUGUAUGUUUUGAGUUCAUUAUUUUCCCACUCCAUUUACAUCAAGAAAUUGUUUUACAUUUUGCAUGUCUUACUGAAAUGCUAUGUUAAUUGCUUCAGUGAGUGUUUUUCUAGUCUGCGGGCCAUUUAUGUUUCCUGUCUGUAGCAUGUGUGUUAAUGGAAAACACUGUCAAUAGUUUGGACUGUGCUAGAGUGUUACUGGCCCUUCCUUUUUCUAAAUCUGCUGAAUUGUGUAUUGACAGCUUUUGGACCUUUUCUUGAGAAUUGGAAAUGUAGCCUACCUAGGUUUCCAUGUGAUAAGUGGACUGUUUCCUUUCGUUUUAAUAAGCCUCGGGCAGCUUCCAUUUUUUACUUCCCAAAAUAAGUUGUUUUGUUCUGAAAGCACAGAUAGCUAGCUUUCCUGUAAAGCUACCUCAAAAAGCUGCCUUGAGAACUUAGAAGUGGCAGUUUUCUGGGGUGAUAUGUAAAUCUCAGUAUAACAGAGUCCAGGAUUUGUUGACGGAUAUUCUACAUGAGUAUGAUAGGAAAUGCAAAACUAUUUGAAUGUGGCGUAUCUUGUACAGAAGCAAGCUAGACAAGUAGACUGGCAGCAGAGCUCCAGAGACUUAGCUUUACAUUCAGUGCAUGGAUUUAAAGUAGUUGUACGCUUGGUUCCAGUAGUUUGGUGCCUGAGAGAAUUCAUUUUUGAAAAGCAUUUAAUUUUUUUUAAAUACCUCUGAAAAAGUGAUGAAACAAAAGGUACAAAAUAGCACAGUAUAUGGGAAAGGAUAUUUCCUGUUGCAAAAAAUUUUUUAAAAGCCAUAAAAUGAACUCAUAGGUUUCAAGAGGUAGCAGUUUCGUAGCAAUACCAGUUGUGCAUGUGUAGUGAAUGGCAUCAGCAUGGCUGUGCAGUAGAGUGAGUACUGCUUGAGUUUGUGGGGCUCUCUGAUUAAGAGAGUUACACAAAAGAAAAGAGAGAUUCUAGGUGAAGAUCAUAUAAAAGGUACUUUGUUUUAAAACAGUAUGAAUCUAUAUGAAUGUAUAAUUGUGUGAGAAAAACUUUUGUUUGAGGUUAAAGGCCAAUUUGUUUCCCCAAGCAGAGGGUUAGAGCCCUUGUAGUGAAACCUUUUCUAGUGCUGAGUUCGGAAACAGAUUUGCUUCUGCAAUCCCAGUGACUCCAGCCUGUGAGAUUUUUCAGAUGUGCCCUUUAGCAACAGGCAUUUACUCUAUAGAACGGGUACUUUAAUGCUUUCUUACUUCCAUCUUUCUCCAUUGGCCUCCAGGUACAUUUUUAAAAAGGAAAAGUGUGGUGUACGUAUGUUUAGGAUUGAAAAAGCAAACCUGGGAACAUGGAUCGGCUUUUCCUCAUGCUUAUGGUUAGAGAAGUUAGAAUGUAAAGGUGAAAAACAAAAAGGAAUAGCCAAAGACUCUCAACUGGUUUUUUAAAAACCUUGUUUAAUGUAGAUGUGCUGAAGCCUGUGGUCUUCGACUACUUAUUCAACAAGCAGAAACUGGGAAACUAGUUUCUGGAUCUGUAGAAUCACACAGCUCACAUCAGGACCUAAUAGUGGAACUAGAGUGACUUGACUUCCCUUUACCUCAUGUCCAUGUUGGCCAUCAGCACCUCAGAGAUCCCUGAAAAGACUGAAUCUGUGUCCCCUUGUUUUCCCAGGGGAAAAAACUAAAAGUGGUUUAGAUCGAAGAAUAUCAUGAAUAUUUAAUUCUUAAAUGGCCUCUCCAGCAGACAGGGAAAAGUCUAUUUUAAGUUGAUUAUAGCUCCUCUUUAAAUGUCUUAUGCCAUCAGUUGGUGUUAGACAUUGGAACAACAAAGCAAUACUCACACAUUUGCAUGACCAUGGGAACACAACUACUUAUUACAGUGGUGGCAACAAUUCAGUUACUUGCAACAAUUAGGUUACCUUUGACAGCCAUGUUAAUAAAUGCUAAAAUAUGCCACAAGUUUUUGUAGACUCAAAGCAUGUAAUUACUUUUUUGAGAGUUGUGGUCUCAUGUUUACUUUUUAUGUACCUAUGAUAUGCAAAAUAUGAAGAGACCCCUGGCCUUCAGGAGUUUACAUUCUCAUGGUGCUGCUGGUGCAAGCAAAUUGCUUCUAGUUCAUUUAGAACAUUGCUUGGCUAUUCUACCACAUUUGGAAGGAUCCCCCUGACCCUCUUUUUAAAAGCGAGAGGCUAUGCUUAAUUUUCAGCGCCACUGAUAUUUGGCGUUAACAUGGAUAUGGGCUCUGCUUUUAAACACCCCCCCCCCCCCCCCCGUAAGCUGUGCAGGUACUGUUUAUUGCGAAUCAAACAAGAAACCAUUCUGCCCAAGGCACCUUCACCACCCCACCAGACCACCUGUAACUUAGCUGUCAAUGAAAGGCCAAGAAAACAUACUCUUUCCUAAGACUGUACAUCUCUUAGGUUUUUGAUUUCCCAGUUUUUACAUUAGUCUUUGCCCAGAAGGGCCAUGAUUUGCAUAUGAACCUUUUAUCUCAACAGUGGUCCUAAUUUUAACCUAUUUUGGUGUGACUUGUACCUCUGUUCUGAAGUAGCAUUGUGGUAGAUGUGGAACACCUGCUUGUAUUCCUAAGCAAUUAUUUUAACUCAAAUUUUCCGUUGGUACUUUGCAUGUAUCCUUGUUAUUUCCCAUAAUUCCUCUCAUGGGGUUUCUUUGCAUGUUUGUUAAAACUGGGUUUGGUCGAAAGUGCAAGCAAAUAAUAGCACUUUCAACUCCGAUUUUAAGAGUAUUAAUAUUCUAAUGCAUGAGUGAAAAUGUCCAAUACUACGUGGUUACUAGUAGUUUUAUAUAUGCAUUUAUUAAUAAUGAAGCAAUAGACCUGAAACAAUAGCUUGAACUUACUGUUUAGAUUUUUCAUUUUCUAAUUAAAGAUUAUCUUACUUCCAUUGAAAAUAGGAAGUAGAAGAUAAACAGGGGCAACCACAAGACAUUCAAACUGUCAGAGCAUAAUAAUGCUCACCCUCUAACCUCUUCCCUGGUUCCAUUAGUCCCCAUGCAUGUUUAAAAACAAAAGGCACAAAAUAAGCAUGUUGAAUGAAUACGCUGCUAUGGAUAUUACCAGAAAGGUGCAGAGUUUUAGGAAGGGUAGGAAAGUAGGGAAUGCUAGUAUGGCAUGUGUAAGAUAACUAGGUAUGGGGUUUGUGUGAUACCAUUUCUGUAGACUGAGGUUCAGGGUCUCUUAAAACUAGUAUCUUGGGAGUGAUUUACUCUCGCGGUAUAUGCAGAUAUAUCCAGUGUUUCAGAAUUUUCAGUAAUGAGGCAACUGUUAUAUGGAAGGUUCUGGUACUGACCAGUUGUAAAAGAACCCUGGCACAAGGGAGACUAUUCCAUUUUAUAGAAAUAGUCCUGAAAUACUGACACAUCUAUGUUUUGGGUUUUCAUUAUUGUGUUUAUAUUUUAAAUUUUUUUGUUAUUUUCAAUAGCCAGAGUGUCAUCUUUGAUAGUUGUUUUUUUUUUUUUGCCACAAGUUUUGAUUCCAUGUAAACAAAGUUUUCCUACUUGAAAAAACAUGAAAAACCUGAUUUUACUUAAUGAAACAAGACAUUUAUUGUCAUAGAUUAAAAAUAGUGCUUGAGAAGAUUUUUGACUUUGAAAUAACCCAAGUGAGUGACUAUGACAAAUAAUAUAAAGUGAAAGGAGCCUUCGAUAAUUUGGGAUCGGACUAGAUGACUUUCACUAGGCUCCUUCCAAGUUUCAUGUUCUGUCAUUGGAAAAGCACUGUUUCAAAGUUAUUUUAACUUCAUAUUCUUUGCUGUGGGAUUUUUGUAACAAAUAUCUUUGGAAAUAGAUUAAGUGGAAUGGUAACAGUGAUUUGGAGUGGAACUUGUCAUUGUGAUGUCUGGUUUCUCAAGUGUAAGAAGUGAGAUGUUGUCUUCCAUAUAUAAAUUAUCUCUCUGCCACUUAGUGAUAACAUAUCUUCUAGCCAAUAGAGAUUUAAGGUCAGAGUUUAUCUAAACUCUGUUCCCAUUGUUCCACUGAAAAGCAUAUUAAAAUAAUUAUCAGAAAACCAAAUAUCACAGAUUUUUCCAGGGAUCCAUACUCCUAAACCUUUGAAGUCAGCAUAGGUAUUUUAAGGUUAGUAACUAUUUAUAGGUUUUGUCUCCCUUGGUGACGGAAUGGAAUGCCAUUGAUUAAAAUAUAUUCUCCCACAGGUUAAAAAAAAAAAGCUAUUCUGGCAAUACGUUGUAAUCAGUAGUUUGGGAACACACCUUAAAGCCACACAUCUCUUGAAUAUUAGCAUGUCCUUCAUAAUAUAGUUUAUUUACUGUCCAAGUACAGGGGUUGCUCACUAUGCUUGCUUCUUCGGCACAUUCUUCAUUGCACCACUGGUAAAUGCUAAAAUAAUUUCAUUAAGUAUGUUUGAAGUAUUACAAAGGCAGCUUGCUUUAUAAUCUAUGCAUCUUUGGGAUUUCUGAAGAAAUUUUAUUCGUUGAUGUAAAAAAGAAUUGUAAGAGUUGGAAACUCUGCACCUGUGUGUGUGUAUAUACUUCUUAGCAAUAAAGCAGCAUGGGCUGAGAAUGCACUGAAA